AUGCUAUCUGAGUCCACGGCCACUCUUGCCACUGGCAUUACUUUUGGUGCUGCGCUCGCAGCAUCUGGCGUGUACAUGCCCUCAGUGAUCGUUGAUCAAUUCCGGUUGACUGACUUCCACAUGUUCCAUGUGUUUGCAACUGCUAUGGGAUCAAGCGCGAUGGUCAUGCUCAUCCUCGAAAAGCUAAACAUGAAUCAACGACCCGUCAGAGCGAACGCUAAGGUCAGCGUGUGGACACCAUACGACGCAAAUAUCGCUGGUGGCGCCUUGGUCGGUAUCGGGAUGGCCCUAUCAGGCGCGUGUCCCGGCACAGUCCUUGUGCAGCUCGCUCAGAGAAUACCGUCCGCAGAUGCCACUGCUCUUGGCGCGAUUCUAGGCGCAGUCGUCUACGUCAGGACUCGAGACUGGAUGGAACUCAAAGCACAUCCACAUAAAGAUACUAAGCAAGCACCUUGCAAGAAGACCAUCUCUGAAGUGUUUCGGGCUUCGGAAGCGGCAUUAUACUCGAUCUUCGGGCUAGGAAUCGUGGGAGUCCUAUCGUUGACGAGGGCCAAAUUCGGAAGCAGUCUUGUCUCACCGGUAAUGGGCGGUCUGCUCAUCGGAUCUGUACAGGCACUCUCUUUGCUGCUUAUGCACAAGCCCCUUGGUGUAUCGACAGCGUACGAAGACUUAAGCCAGAACGUACUCCAGGCCUUCACUGGGCGCCUGGAGAAACAGGGCUGGUUGACGAAUUCGAUUAUUUUCUCCAUCGGAAUUAUUAUGGGCAGCGCGGUCUUGUUGCAGAACGUACCUGCUGCGAUCAGCGUUACGUCGGAUGCGGCUAUUCCAUCCUGGCAAGCUUUUGUAGGAGGUGUUGUCAUGACAUUUGGCGCUAGGUUGGGUGGAGGUUGUACUUCUGGACACGGGCUGUCUGGACUAAGCGCUAUGUCUUUCUCAAGUCUGUUGACGGUAGGGGCUAUGUUCGGCGCUGGUAUCUUGACACAGAAGCUCAUGUGA